CCCGUACACAGCACAUACAAGUGCAUGCAUUUUAUUGGCUGUGCCCAUACAUAUAUUAUAUACACGUACAUAAACUGCACUCAAAAUCGUGCGCGAUCGCAAAGUACCGACCGAGCUACGCUGUUACAUCAUCAUAACGAUACGAUCGCGCCGAUUGAGCUCGUGUACAACAGUGUGGUGCAACAUUGAUCGGCUGCUUGCAAGCUCGGAGAUGAGAGCUUUUCCCGCCUCGGAGCGUAAAAUCGUCUGGGACCGGUGAGAUCGGUAAAUACGCGAUACCGAUCGUAAGCUGUACGGUCCCCGUCAGUGCAGCUGUAUACAUAUAAAUAUAAGUGCACGGUAUAACACAUAUACAUAAUACAGUUUGCAGUAGAUCGGCAGUUUUGGUAUAUAGAAUGCGAACACGCGCGUUACGGUGCCGGUCUGUGCUGCAGUUGUGCGAAAGCAAGUGUUUUUGUGCGAACCGGUUUUUUUCCCCGAGCGACCGGUUGCCGUAAUAGCAGCCUUAUGCCGAUGACGAGGAUGUGUUGUGUUAUUAGUGCCGCACAACGACUGCAGCUACCGUGACUGAGUCGUCACUGCCGUCCGUCCGUCCGUCGUUCUUCCCUCGUUUUGCCGGAUUAUCAUUUCAUAUAUACUUAUACACACUUGCCUCGAGAGAGCAUCAGAUGAAGCAUCUUACGAGCAGCGCAGCAGAGAAAACAGAUCGCGAAGGAGAGCAACGAAACGAUGAGAAUCAUAUCGGGCGCAUGCGCGCGGACUUGACGCGAGUCCCGGCUAUGAGCUGCACGCGCGCACGCCGAUAUCGCCAAGUACGAUACUUAACAUAUAUACCUACACCGAUGCAAGAGUAUUUGUCCGCACAUAUCAUAUAUGUGCAUAACAAUGUAUGCAGAGUAGUUUGUUGCUUUCGAGACGAGUUAACUCUGCCUAUCUGCCCGUCCGUCUGACUCUUGAGAAAACUCUUUUGACGAUGCACACGGGCAAAGAGCUACCGUAGCAGUAACAAACCACGGCAACCGAUCGAUCGCGCCGCAGUGGUUUUCAUGCCUCCAGCUGUGGAAUAUACCCGUGCUGACACGAGACGUGCCCCGUCCAACUGUUGGUCUUUCGCUCAACCGCGCGCUUUCAUCCGGACGGAAAAGGAGGAAUCGGUCAUGAUCGGCUUGUUUUGAAGAUAUGUGCAAAUCAGUGGAAGUGUUACGAAUACUAGAUGUUAAAGAAACGCUGUUCAACUCAAAUUGUCGGCAAAACAGUGCAAUAGCUAGCGUGUCAAUAAUGGCAAAGUUACGGCCGCCAGAAAAGUUAGACCUGAAGUUACUGACCCUUCAGCUGGAAAACAGCAUCGACUUGGCGUCGAUCAUCAAAAAGUCCGUGAGCCUGGAUAGUCUGAGCACGUGCUUGUACUCCUCGAGUCCGGAGGACUCGGGCGUCUGUCCCUUGGUCAAGGAAAAGCUGAUCAACGAGAUUGAAAGCCUCAUCGACACCGUUCACAACAUCGACAUCAAGGACAACGGGGACAUUGACUCGUCCGACGAUGAGAGUUUGGAAAAGCUCAGUGAUGACGAGGAUGACGAUGAUGAUGAGGGUCUCAUCGAGCGCGGACCCGUCCGGCCCCAGCUGUACCCGAUGUACAGCAACAGGUCGAGACCAUACGUCGACUGCGUCUUACCAAACGAGAGUUCCACAGACUACGACAUCAGUGCCAAGGAGAUCCUCAUGGACCAAGGCAACCGGCGGAAGAUACACUCCUGCCUGGACCAGCUCUCGAAAAUGUCCCCGAUUGUUAACUCGUCGUCCCCGGCUGACUCGACUUUUGGCAGCUCGUCCACGUAUUCGCCACCUCAGCAGCAGCAGCAGCAGCCCCAGUGGCAGCAGUCGAAUGGAUCGCCCACAGGCGGGUCCUCCUCCUGCUUCGUGCCCUCGAUCACAGUGAGCGAGUCCGAGUCCUCGUUACUCGAGAUCCUGUCGCGGGGAGGUUUCCAGUCGGCCCAAACGCCCGAGCACACCAGCACCGGGAGCGUGGCCUGCAUCCCCCUAGACACCUGCCCGGACUCGCCGGCCGGCAGUUACAAUGCCUGUGCCGCCUCUAGACCCGGCAGUCAGGCCUCCAGCCCCGCGCAGAGCCCAGGGUCCAUGAACGGCUCCGUCUACGGUGGGCCCUCUUUCCUCAACGUCGUAGGCAGCCCUAUCGGAUCGCCCCAGGUGUCACCGCUGGCCAACAACGGCUUCCGCUGCUACCCCCGGCCCUCGUCCUCCUCCUCGUCCGGGCAGUCGUACUGCGAGACCCCGAGCCCGGCCAACUACCAUAGCCCCCUCGACCACCACUUGGAGGAGCAGCUGGGCGAGCACAUGAUGACGCAGAUGCCGGCCUGGCACGAGGUCUUCGAGUCCUCGGAGACCCUCGUCAACACCACCGUCGGUCUGAUCAGCAGCGAGUUACAGCUUCAGAUCGUCGACGAGGUCAUCCGGGGUGACCUGAGGACUCCCAACCAGAUACCAGCGGUGACGAGUGGUUAUCACCACCACCAGCAGCAGGUGGUGUCGCCGGCCGCCUCGUGUUUGGACGGGGUGGACGACGGGGACGAGUUGUCGCUGGUGCGCUUCACCGGUGGUUGCGGCGAACUGGCUUUGGGGUCGCGGGAUAGGCCAGAGCCGAGCCAGAACUCGACCUCCGGCUACAGCAGCAGCAGCAGCACCGGUAGCGAGGCCAGGAGGGUUUGCGACGCCGGCUGUGGCCAACCGGAUCUGCGGGCGGGGCUCGAAUUCUCCUCGAGGAUGCAGGCGCAGGUGUUCCCCCAGUCUAGCUCAGUUUUGGGUAACAACCACAUCGAGUUCCAGUUACCAAAAUCAGUGCCAAUUUACAGCUCUCAACGAUCUGACGGCUCCAGUAAAGGGAGUGGCAGACUCAAUUGCACCCCGAGGACCGGGAAAACAGGGGAGGAAGGAGGAAGUCCCGGUGAACGUGUCCUCGCGCCGUGGCCGUUCUUGAAUCUACCCUCGACGCAGGCAAGCGAGCGGCUGAAGGAAGCGACCGAUUCGCGCGAGGUCGCGAGGGCCAUGAAGAGCCUCUUGAAGAGGUCGCUCGACCAGCUGGCCAAGGGGGACGAGGACGGAGACACAAUCCUAAUGUGCCUGGUGGGAAAUCCUACGGAGCUAAAGAAGAAGCUGGCGUACCUGGCACCUUUGGUGGAGCGGCUAGGCACGAUAGACGGGGCUCUAUCGAUGCUCAACUGCCGAGGCGAGGACGCGCUCUACCUCGCUGCCAUGAAUUGUCCUGAAAUGGCCUUCGUAACCGGUUACCUCGCGGCCGCCUUUCUGCAGAAUAAUAUCGACAUCGGACAGAGACUGUAUCGAUCCAGGGGAGAUACACUGAUCCACGCGCUGGCAGCAAAAGGCGACAAUCACGGUGGAGUUCUUGCGGAGCUACUUUCACUCAAGACACCGCAACAAAAUGCAGUCUUCGACCUUUCAAAGCGUAAUUACGAUGGUAGGACAUCUCUCCACGUGGCAGCCGAGGCCCACGAGUCACGGGGAAGGAAUUCCAAGACAAUAUCGAUAGCUACGGUGAGGCUGUUGCUGGAAAGCGGCGCCGAUUCAACAUUGCGUGAAGACAGAUCCGGCGACACUGCGCUACACAUAGCCGUAUCCUUGAGUUGUGAUCCCUCCCUCGUCAAGUCGCUACUGACUGGUGGAGGCCACGCGGCCGUGAACAUUGCCAACUACAACGGGAACACGCCUCUACACUUGGCCGCGUCGAUUUCAGAUCGCACGAGCCUGGAACGACAGUCCGAAAUUUGCGGGCAUCUGGUGAGCGCGGGCGCGAGGUCGAACAUUACCAAUCGACAAGGUAAAACUCCGCUGGCGCUCGUCUCGGCCGAUAGGAAGGAGCAUCUCCGACGGGUUUUCUACAAAAUUACGUAGUUGCUCGUCCACCGCAGCAUAUAUAUAGUGCUGUCAACGCGUUUGUUCCAUAAUUCUUUUCAUUCAUAUUAAUUUUUGUACAUAAUUUUGUAAUAUAAUUGCGGUGGAUAUUUAUAAAUAACUAUCGAUGUGAUAUAAUUAAUAAAAAAAUAAAAAAAUCAACAUUGAUUUAAAUACAGCCAGUAUGAACAGUGAAAUGUUGGAAUGUCGGUUAGUGAUGAGCUCGUGAGCUUUAAAAUUUUUAUCUUAGAUAUUAUUAUGAUAAAUAUGUGUAUACUAGGAAUCUGUCAUGUUUGACGAUGGUAUAUAGUGGCUGAUAAUAAUUAUAAAUAGUUUUACCCACUCUGUUUCUCCGAUAUUUUAGACUUUUCGUACUGUUACACACAGCAGCGGACUUAUCAAAAAAGUAAAUCAAUUUUACUUGCCUGCAAACAGUGGAUGAAAAUGAUACAUUUUACUACUGAGUAGUAAAGAAAACACUUAUCAUUACAUUCGUACUCAAAUGCGUAAUAUUCUAUUUGUAAUUGUGUUUUUUUUUCAUUGAUAUGAUUUACAGGAACAUAAUAGGUGUUUAGAGCAAAAUACAUUUGGGCAUUGUAUUAUAGAAUAUUACUCUAAAUGAAUCUGGAUGUUAUAGCAACAUACAGGCUUUAUUUCUAUUAAUAAUCCAAAAUAAAGCAUAGGUUGUGACUAUGUUUUUACUUUUCCAUACAUAUUUUUAAGUAGUCGUACGAUACGUUUUUGUCUCAAAAUCUUAGAUACUAUCCAUACAUAUAUUUUUACGUAUAUGUACAUGUCAACUAAAGUGGUCAAAUUCAUCGUAAUGUAUUUUAUUACUAUUACUAGUAUCACCUUUUUGUUAUAGCUGAUGAACAUAAUUAUUACAAAUAAUUAGAUUUUGUGUAGAACAUAAGAAAAAACAGUCUUCCACAUAAUGUCAUACCAAACAAAAUUGUUUUUUAUCUUAUAUAAAAAAAUUUUUAUAAUUGCAUAUAACUGUAAAUAGAGUUAACGAUAAUGCACAGAAAGUUGUUAUAGCAUAUAAAAUCAUUUCAACGAAAUAUAGAAAAUAAUUUUUUUUAACUUACAAACAUCUUAUACGCGUAAAAUAGUCUUUGUUUCUUAAUUUCUAAAAACUAGAGCACUUAUUAAUACAUCACAUAAACCAAAUCUUACAAUUAUAAUAUAUAAGCAGAACAAUGAUUUUAAAACGACAAAGGAAGAAGGGAUGAAUCAAAUGUUGUGAUAACGUACUUGCCUACUGUUUUCAGACAAAUUGUCAGUAAACAUAUACAUAUACCGAAUAUAAUGUACGUAUUUUUUCAACUGUGCAAGCAAUGUUCAUUGUAAUUUUUUGUACAAGCGAAUGAUACAAAGUAUGUUAAAAAUGAUGUCUUAUAGAAGUUGUAAAAAAAAAAAAAUUAACUCAAUAAAAAGUCGGCCAUUUGUUACGAA